AUGGCCGACUUGUCACAAGUAGUGUUGACAGAAGUCGACAAACAAGGUGAAAUAGACACACUAAAGUUAUCACAAUCGAUUAAGGAGGAUCAUCAAAAGAUUGUUGGGGCGGUUAAGAGUCUACAGUCACUUGGCGAUAUUAUCAAAGUAGAGCAGUACACAAAUAAAUACUGGGAGUUAACAGAUGAAGGCAAAGAUGUCGCAGCGAAUGGCAGCCAUGAGGCCAGGGUGUACAAUGCAGUACCACCAGAGGGGAUUCCCCAGGCUCAGAUAAUGAAAAGUGUUCCAAAUGCAAAAAUAGGUUUUAGUAAAGCAAUGCAGGCUGGCUGGGUAACGAUGGAUAAAAGUUGUGAGGGUGGACCCAAAGUAUUCAAAAAGAUUGACUCUAUUAAAGAUGCAGUCCAAGAAUGCAUGUUGAAGUUUGCAGCAAAAGAUUCAGGAAGCAUACCAGAUAACCAAAAAGCUGACUUCAAGAAGAGGAAACUCAUCACAGAAGUGAAAGAAGUUGGAUAUAAAGUCUCCAAGGGAGAUAACUUCACUUUGUCCAUUAGUAAGGCUGAAGUUGACCUGACUCCUGAAAUGAUACAGAGUGGAUCCUGGAAAACUAAAGCCUUCAAAGAGUACAACUUUGACGCCCUUGGGGUGCCCCCUGCAGCAGGUCACCUUCACCCCCUGCUCAAGGUCAGGGCCCAGUACAGACAGAUCUUCCUUGAAAUGGGGUUCACGGAGAUGCCCACACAGAACUUUGUGGAGAGCUGCUUCUGGAACUUUGACUCUUUGUUCCAACCCCAACAACACCCGGCCAGGGACGCACAUGACACCUUCUUCAUCUCAGAACCAAGAGUUGCCAAGGACUUUCCAAUGGAUUAUUUAUAUCGAGUAAAACAAAUCCACUCGGAAGGAGGACAUGGUUCACAAGGGUAUAAAGUGGACUGGAAGAUAGAGGAAGCUGAGAAGAAUAUUUUAAGAACUCAUACAACAGCAAACUCAGCCAGAAUGUUAUACCAAUUGGCCCAACAGAAAGAGUUCAAACCAGUGAAAUACUUUUCAAUAGACAGAGUGUUCAGAAAUGAGAAUGUUGAUGACACACAUUUAGCAGAGUUCCACCAGAUCGAGGGUUCGGUGGCAGACUAUGGACUCACACUUGGAGAUCUCAUGGGAAUCAUACAGGAAUUCUUCAAAAAGUUGGGCAUCACUAAACUGCGCUUCAAACCUGCCUACAACCCCUAUACAGAACCCAGCAUGGAAAUCUUCAGCUACCACGAAGGACUUAAAAAGUGGGUAGAAAUUGGAAAUUCUGGUAUUUUCCGACCUGAAAUGUUACUUCCCAUGGGACUUCCAGAAAAUGUGUCUGUGAUAGCCUGGGGUUUAUCACUUGAAAGGCCCACCAUGAUCAAGUACAAAAUUGACGACAUCCGAACACUCAUUGGACCUAAAGUGAACUUACAAAUGGUGUACGAUAACCCGAUUUGUAUUCUUGACAAUUAAACAACGUACCUCAUACAACAAUGAUCGUCAUAUAAUUUAUGUAAUAAAAAAACUUCAAAUACCA